GGGGCCAAGACUCGCAACUUGAAGGCAAGCAUUAUGAAAAGUUCGAAAGGAAAAGCCCGUCGAAAGGCCAAAAAGCAAAUUAAUCGCCCGGACAGUACAAAAGUGGCUCAGCUAAAGCACAUUAUGAAACUAAUGCACGAAUACAACAACCUGAAGGAUGCGACCCAGCUAGUAAUUGGAGCCUUGGCAGCAAUGAAGAACGUUUCCAUCAGAUCCACACAUGAAAUGUACGAUUUGCCAAACAAUGAAUGAAAAAUAAAUUGUUUUCGGGUUUA